AUGGCCGACGACUUUGAGCCCCUCGACCCCACCCUCCAGAACAUUCUCGACCAGAAGAGCCUCAAGUGGAUCUUCUGCGGCGGUAAGGGCGGUGUCGGCAAGACCACCACCUCGUGCUCGCUGGCCGUCCAGCUCGCUGCUGUCCGCGAGUCGGUCCUCCUGAUUUCGACCGACCCCGCACACAACCUGUCCGACGCGUUCUCGCAGAAGUUUGGCAAGGACGCCACAAAGGUCAAUGGCUUUGACAACCUCUACGCCAUGGAGAUUGACCCCAACUCGUCGCUCCAGGAGAUGGUCGAGUCGGCGGACACGUCGGGCGGCGGCAUGGGCGGCAUGAUGCAGGACCUGGCAUUUGCCAUCCCCGGUGUCGACGAGGCCAUGGGCUUUGCCGAGGUCAUGAAGCACGUCAAGUCGAUGGAGUUUUCCGUCAUUGUCUUUGACACUGCGCCCACGGGCCACACGCUGCGUUUCCUCUCGUUCCCCUCGGUCCUUGAGAAGGCCCUCGGCAAGCUGAGCCAGCUCUCGGGCCGCUUCGGCCCCAUGCUCCAGCAGAUGUCGUCCAUGUUCGGCGGCGGCGCCGCGCCCCAGGAGGACAUGUUUGCCAAGCUCGACCAGAUGCGCGAGAUCAUCACCGAGGUCAACACCCAGUUCAAGGACCCUGAGCUCACCACCUUUGUCUGUGUCUGCAUCUCCGAGUUCCUGUCGCUCUACGAGACCGAGCGUCUCAUCCAGGAACUCACCAAAUACGAGAUUGACACGCACAACAUUGUCGUCAACCAGCUUCUCUUCCCCAAGACGGGUGACAACUGCCAGCAGUGCAGCGUGAGGCAAAAGAUGCAGCAAAAGUACCUCAGGGAGGCAUACGACCUGUACGAGGACACGUUCCACAUUGUCAAGCUGCCCCUCCUUACCGAGGAGGUGCGCGGUGUGGAUAAGCUCAAGGAGUUUAGCAAAAUGCUCGUCACCCCUUACACUCCCCCAGAGUAG